CGAUAGCGCUGGUGUAAAUGACAUUCAGUCACAUGAUCUAUCAUAUGAUUUCAGGUCGUUGAAAAUCUAGUGUGUCCGUGUUAUUAAAGGGCGUAUUGUCACAGGGGAGUUCACAAGGAAACAAUUACAGAAAACGAAACAAGACAGGAUCUGUUGAGGAAGUAAACAUGUUUACAAAGCUGGUUGUAUCGAGCAUCCUUUUAGGAUUAUGUCUGGCUGCACAGCCUCCAUACAAUUUUCCUUCCACCAACAGCUGUAUCAAGGUAGAAUUUGACAACCUGAAAACCAACACCCUCACCUGGACUGACAGCAACAAUAAAACAUAUGAUGCUGAUAAAUGGGAUUUCAGCAACACCAGUAUUCAAAACAAUUCAAAGUGUGCUGAAGUUAAUGGUACCACGGCAUUGCUCGAGGUUCUGUUUGCUGUUGACAAUGCAACGUUUGCGUUCACCUUUACAAAACAGAAUGGGAUGGUCCAAAUCAAUAUGACACUUAAAUUUGUCCCGAGAGUUGUCUUCAGUAAAGAAAAUAACACUCAGCAAGACCAAGUCAUCAUGGCGGUGUCUGUGCCGUUUAGUGUCCCUGAGAAACAGUCCUACCAGUGUGACGCAGCCCAGGGGUACUCUCAAAAAGUGACAGUGGGAAACAAUACCUACAACAUGGACCUAGUGUUCCAGAAAGUGCAUAUGCAAGCCUUUGGAAUCAGCAACAGCACAUUUUCUGAAGCUGUACACUGCGCAGCAGACCAAAACUCAACCACGACAGUGAAGCCAACCCCUGCACCUCCCACUCCUGAUCAGCACCCCAAGUUUUAUGUGAAUGUGACCGACAACAAGUUCAACAACACUGGCUGCAUCAGUGUCGAUGCAAUGAUGAUGAUAAGUGUCCCGUACAAAACAAAGGACAAUAAAACUGCGACUGUAAAACUUGGCGUUCAGCAACCAAAUGCUAGCGGAAGCUGCGAUCCGAAUGACGAGUUUAUUAAGAUGGUGUUCCAGAAUAAUUUCACAAUAAUAAUCACCUUUGGCAUGAGUGGCAAGAACGUGUACUGGAAAAAUGCAACAGUGUCUGGGAUCUAUGAUUCAAAGUUUAACAACUCUGCAAGCCAAGGAGAACCUUUCAGCACUACAGCAAACUUCAGCACAGACACCCUGAUGUUCCCAAAGGGCGGCUCGUAUGUGUGCGAUGCUCACACAAGCCUCAAUGUUGGCAACGUUACACUUGAGAUUUGGAAUCUGCAGUACAUGGCCUACCAGACCAACACGACGUCCUUCCCUAAAGACAAUGUUCAGCUGUGUAAGGGGGACAGGAAGACAAACAGCAUUGUCCCAAUCGCUGUCGGAGCUGCCCUCGCGGGAUUGGUUGUGAUUGUUCUGAUCGCAUACCUGAUUGGACGGCGUAGAAAUAGGAAGGGUUAUGAGUCUGUUUAGUGGAAGGACGAAGGGAUACAAUGAAACAUAAAAUUCCUCAGUGAGAUUUUGUAAUGUUAUAAAUAAGUGCUAUGAAUUGUUACAUCUGGAAAGAUGAUUAACUAAGCUGAAAAGUAAUUUAAUUGCAAAAAGGUUUAACUCUUUGAGGUAUUUUUUUUAAUUUAUCAAAGAUGUUAAAUAGAUGUUGCAUCAAAUUUUGAAAUAAGAUGGAUUUUUUCAUUUUUUUGUUAGAUAUAUAAGUGUAAAUGAAUCUCUGCAAUUCUUUAAUAUCUAGUAAUUUAAUAAGCACAAUUUUACUUAUGUAUAUAAGAUUCAAAUCUUUAAAAAAAAAAUAAUUCUGAUGACAUUUAAUUUUCUACAUGUUUUGUGUAAAAAGUCUUUUUUCUUUUUAUGAGUUCUCUCAUGUUUUGUAGUUUUACACUGAACUCGUUUUUUUAUAUUUUUUUCAAAAAUAUCUUUGUUUACAUAUUUCAGUUUAUUUCUUACUACAUGAUAUAAGUGGGUAAAAAUAUUCCAAUGCAAUUCACGAAUAUUUAACAAUUUAUAGAGAAACACUCCAUCAAAGCAAUCAUCUAUGUGCUACACUUUAAAAAAAGAAGAAAACUAACAAGUUAUUUUUGAUUUGUUAAUAGUUAAGAUAUUAGUGUAAAUAAGUUUGUCAAUUUUAUUUUUGUAGAAUUGAAUUACACUAUUAUAUGGUUUUUGUUGCUGUGGUUGUAUUUAUAAAUGUCCUAGACAUGUGAAAUGUACAUUAUAUGUAAUAUCAGUUUCAUAUGCACACAUUCCUGGACAAGCUAUUGAAAUUUCACACCCAAAACAAUUCUGUUUCAUAAACUCAUUACCAAUGCAAAUGGUUGGAACUCUGUAAGAAAGACUGACCUUAAACUGUGACAUUUCAAGGACUUUCAGAGAGUAAAAAUAGCCCUGCUAAAUAUUUCUAAUUUUAUGGAUUAAAAGUCAUAAAUUUUAAAAUAGUUCCUUAUAUGUUCAAGAAAGUAUAUAGCCAUAUCCAGUGGCUUUUGGUGUGUUUGUGAAAUAUUGUAAUUAAAAUUUCUGAUUGUUUGAAUUAAAGGGACUUGACACCAAAUGGUUGUAUAAUUGGCAAAAACAGUUUUCCUCAAAAAAAAGGCUAGAAUUGUCAAUGCGAGUUAGUAUGAGGCAGAUAAUACAUCACUUUACAUGAUUAAAGGAAUAUUUUGUUGCUGUCUAAGAUGAGUUUACCUUUUUAAAAAUAGCACAUAAUGGUUUCCCAGUUUAAAGUUUGUAUAUUAAGCAUGUGAUAGUCACAUGAUUAGUAUAGACACAUAUACCAGAGCUUUUUUUAAAAUAAACUUGGCUUUACCCAGUAAAUUUUUCGAAUUGGAAAAACUUUGAAAGAUGCAUAUGCCAUCAGGUAUGUGAUACAUCAGUAAUUAAGAUUCAAUGUGUUGUACACAAUAGUUUAAAUUUAAUGUUAAUUUUUGGGGAAAAAAAAUCUUGCAGUUUUAUCAUCUGGCCCCAACUUCUCGAAACUUCUUAAGCUUAACAGGCUUAAGUCGCUUAUUUCAAUUAGCCAAAAUACAUACUGAAAAUGGAUUUAGAUAAAUGAAAAAUGGUUUAUUCUGAUAAUCAUACAGGUUAUUACUACAUAAUUUCUAAAAAUUCUUGAAGAAGUAAAUAUAACACAUUUUAUAGAACAACAAAAAUAGUGAGAUUAGCUUAAUCCUGUUAUAAGAGACUUUAAGAAGUUUUGAGAAAUUGGGGCCUGGUGUCUAGUCCUUUUAAGGAAGUUUAUUGUAAAUAUGAGUGAUGCAUUUCCUUAGUAUGAAUAGUGUCAAUAUUAUUUAAUCUGUGGAUAAUUAUUACAUACUGUUAAUAUUAUGAUGUAUUGCUGUUCAAACAAUAAGUAGGUUGUUUUCUAUUUGUACAUGUUAAACUGAACAUGAAUAAUUUGAAGGAAAAACAAGUAUAUGGAAAGACUUCUAAUGCUAAAAACUUGGUGAUUAUCAGCCCAGGGACUGUAAUUAACCAUGGGAUGCUGUUUUAAUAGUGUUCCUGUGACCUUGAAAGCAAUGGUCCAUGUUUCAAGAACUCUUUUUUCAUUGCUUAUUUUGAAAAGUAACUAUGUUUCACUGCCAAAAUAUAGAAACACCAUCACAAUUCAAGGCAGAACUUAUAUCAGAAAGUCUUAAGCAAUGUAAAUAUUGAUAUUUUAUGAACAAAGUAAAAUAAUCUGUCCGUACAUGUAUGUCAAGGUGUGUGAUUGUUUUUUUUCAAAGAAAACUUAAGUGUUGGCUUUUUUCUCACCGAUUUGUGUAUUGAACAUAAUGUUGUUUGCUUUUUAUACAUGUUUGCCUGUUGUUUUUUAACCAGUUACGUAUGAAUGCAUAAUUUGACAGCUUUAUGAUCAUGAAGAGUUUCAAAUGAAAGCAAUUAUAAGUAACAUACAUUUAAUUUGAAAACAAAUUUAAUUAAAAAGAGUAUUCAACAGGAGUGAUUUUUUUAAUGUGGAUUUUUUUUUUAUCAUUUUUUUUUCAAAAUAGUUACAAACCUUGGCCACUUAAUAUCAAGUUUACAAGUUUAUUAAAUUUCUGAUUGAAUGAUCACAAUUUAUAUCAUUAAUCAUAAUGCUUAAUCAAUGAUUUAUUGUGCUAAAUACCUAAAAUGUCCCUGUAUAGAAUGCUUAAUUUACAAUGCUAUUUCACAUAUGAUAUCACAAUAAAAGUGAUUACAGUAGUUGUACAUGUAUAUCAAGAAACAUAUUAAGACACUGUGACAUUAUUUCAUGAUUGAGAGUGAUUUAUGAUAUAAGCUAGUAUAUGUUAUUGAACCAGUUGUAAUGCUUUAACAUGUCUGAUAUAAGCGUAUUGGAACAUAAUUUACUCCUUUUUGUUAUAAUUAUUAAGUUCGUAAUUUUCAUUAUGAUUUUCCUUCCUUAAAUUCAUGCUGAUGCUUACUUAGAAGUUAUGAUUAAAGGUUGUUAGUAUGUUCUUUCAAAAAUAAAUGGUAUUAUGUGACUGAUUUAUUUUGAGUAAGUACAGUCUAACAAUGUUUUAAUUUUUUCAGUGGUCUACAUAUAAUUGUGUUAACUGCCUUCUAAAUGGGCCAGCAACCGUUUGUAUAUAUCAUUACAUCUGAUUUAAAUCAAUAACGACGUACUGCUAAUUUACUGAAUUUGAUGCAUAAGUAAGCUUGAGAAAUACUACCUUCUUAUUGGACAAAAUAAAAUGUAGACCACUUAAUAUAUAGAUAGUAAUCAUUUGAAUUGCAUGUUGAAAAAAAAUGCACCAGUAUAUUUGUUAAACUUCACCUAUGUAAAAUAUCAUUUAGAGACACACAUAACACACAAUACUCAAUGGGUGUAUGAUAAGUAGUUGUUUAAGUUUAUAAGUUAGCUGUAAAACAUUAAGCUUUGUGAUUUUAUAUCAUCUCUGCUCAAAUUAGCAACAGAUUUAACAGAAACCUUAAUACAUUAAUUGUUCGAAUAAAUAUUCUUAAAGCAAGUGCUGUUUCUACAUAUUUUACAUGUACUUAGUUAUGCUUUGAUAUUUACCUCAAAGCCUGGUGAAUCACCAUUCUAAUUAAAGUGUUUUGUUCCUUUCUACAUAAAAGAAUGUAUUGAACCUUUCUUACCUUUCAGUAAUAGUGUUUCAUGUGCUGAAUAAAUGCUUAUUUUUCAUAA